AUGGCUGCACAGGAGCCGUCUCCACCAUCUUCCCUGGAAGGCAACAAACCUGGCUUUCCUAAGAAAAUUCUGGCCAACAACCUCGAAGACAAGCACUUGUGCAAUUCGUGCCAGAAAGUCCUGAGAAGGCCCUUGCAAGCCCAAUGCGGUCACCGCUUUUGUUCGUUCUGUUUCAACAAAAUAGUGAGUUCCGGGCCACAGAAAUGCAGUGCGUGCAUCAGGGAGGACUUGUUUGAAGAACCCACCUCCAUUCUCAAGCAAGGUGGUGCGUUUCCAGACAAUGCGGCUCGGAGAGAAGUGGAGGCUUUGGCGGCCGUGUGUCCCAACGAAGGCUGCACGUGGACGGGGACUAUCAAAGAAUUUGAGGCCAGCCACGAGGGUCACUGUGACUUCAUGAUCAUCCUGUGUCCUUCCUGUAAAGAGCUGAUGAGAGCUAAUGAACAGGAACGACACAAUGAGCGAGAAUGUCCAGAGAGGACGCUUAACUGCAAAUACUGCAAAGAACCCUUCCUUCUAAAGAACAUCAAGGCUCAUGAUGAAAUCUGUCCAAAGUACCCGAUGAUUUGUGAAGGCUGCGCAAAGAAAAAAAUCCCCAGAGAAAAAUAUGUGGACCAUAUUAAGUUCUGCAGUAAAUUUAAAGCACCAUGCAGAUUUCAUGUUGUUGGCUGCGAUACGUCUGUGGAGAAAGAGAAGAUCCAUGACCAUGAGCGGCAGUGUUCGUAUGAACACCUCAACCUGCUCCUGCAUUUCAUCAUGGGCAUCAAAGUGAGCCUUGAGAGCCUGCAGCCCCAGAGCCUAGAGGUGGCCAGCCAUAAGCUGCAGGAGCUUCACCAGUCCCUCAGGGACCUCGAGAUGAAGAUGAGCCAGCUGGGUGGGUGUGCUCCCGUGCAGGGUGCAUGCGCCCCCACCCUGACCACCUCCUUCACACCACUGCCCAGCGCCAUGGGCGCCGCCCUAGAACUGCAGCUCCAGAGCGAAAAGACCAAGGUGGCUGAGCUGAGCCGGCGCUGCCAGGACCUGGAGCUCAAAGUGAGCACAUUCGAGAACAUCGUCUGUGUCCUCAACCGAGAGAUGGAGCGCUCCUGCACCACCAUGGAGGCCUACAACCGCCAACACAGACUGGACCAGGACAAGAUCGAGAUCCUCAACAACAAGGUUCGUCAGCUGGAGAGGACAGUGAGUCUGAGGGACCUGUCCAUCGUGGAGAUGGAAGGGAAAAUGAGAGAGAUGUCUGCAGCCACAUACGAUGGCAUCUUUGUCUGGAAGAUCUCUGAUUUCACCAAGAAGAGGCAGGACGCCGUGGCUGGCCGCGCCCCUGCUAUGUUCUCUCCCGCCUUUUAUACCAGUAAAUACGGCUACAAGAUGUGCUUGCGGAUCUACCUGAAUGGAGACGGAACGGGCCGAGGCACCCACUUAUCUCUGUUCUUUGUGGUGAUGAGAGGGCACAGCGACGCACUCCUCAAGUGGCCUUUUAACCAGAAGGUCACCCUAAUGCUGCUCGACCAGAACAACAGGGAGCACAUAAUCGAUGCCUUCCGGCCCGACAUCUCCUCCUCAUCCUUCCAGAGGCCUGUCAGCGAUAUGAACAUCGCCAGCGGCUGCCCACUCUUCUGUCCGCUCUCCAAGCUGGACUCUAAAAACUCCUACAUUCGCGACGACACCAUCUUCAUCAAGGCCAUUGUAGACCUCACCGGGCUCUAG